UGUACGCUAAGUAAGUUUAAAGUCGCCUAGUAUUUCUAUGUACAGUGCAGCGAAGCCUUGAUACAGUACAAAUUCAGGAACAUGUAACGAACAGCGAUGGAAGUGAAAAUAACAGUUUUGUUGUCUUUUAUCCUUCUGCAACUUGUUGUUUCUGAACGAUGUGGGGAUGGAUAUUGCAAGUGUUCGAAGGCUCGAAAAGUUGCCACGUGUAUGUCUAGAAGGAGGCAAUUAAAUUACUUUCCUUCAUUGCCCACUUACGUAAAACAGCUCAGAUACAGUGGCAACUAUCUACCCCACCUUACCCGUGACUUAAUGACUAAUUUGACCAUGAUCAAUCUUGAACAACUCUAUUUAGAAGAUAAUGUGAUGUUCAAAGUUGAUCCAGAUGCCUUUGAGAAUUUGACAACUCUGGUUAAACUUCAAAUUUCUCAUGACAAGAUACUCAAUGUCAGUAUUGUUGCACAAGUUCUCCAUAAUGUGAGUCGUACUGUUAAAAAGUUAGUAUUAAACCACAACAAAUGGAAUUCGAUACCGGACAACAUCUUUGAUGGUCUAAAAGAUUCAAACAUUCAUUACAUCGACUUGUCUUUUAACAACCUGCAUUCAUUCAACGGUUUGAGGAUUUUUCGAAAUAUUCCAAAUCUUAAAUACUUGAUUUUGGAUGGAAACCCCAUAUUGGACAGUGAUACAGAUUUCCAUAACAUGGAACAUAUAUUUAAAUUAAGCUUACAAUAUACAUUCAUACAAAACGUUCCCACAUUUUGUGAUGACAAUGGGGAAAGUCUUCUGCCUCGCAUGCGAUCUCUUAAUUUGGACCAUUCUUCUUUACGGUCCAUCUCUCGAAACGAUUUUAUUUGUCUGCCCGAUCUUUGGAAAUUGUCACUUUCAUUUACAGGCAUCACCGUGAUACAAAAUGACACGUUUUCGAAUAUGCCAGUACUUCAGACUCUUAUGUUACAAAAUGUGGUGAGGCUCAGACGCUUAGAAUAUUUCGCGUUUCGCUCUGCUUCUCUUCAAUCGUUCAAAUUUGGGUCGUCAAAAUUUAAAUUUGACAACAAAGGUCGAUACAAUAAUGAUUUGUUAAAGUUUGCGCCAAACAUAACAAAUAUUGAGCUAUUCGACAAUCAGAUUUCUGAUGGAUCUACUCUGAAAACACUUUUGUGGAACUUGAUUAAGUUGCAGAAGUUGAAUCUCCAAGGAUGUGGGAUAAAUUAUCUUGCACGUGGAACAUUCGAUAGAAUGCCAGAUCUUCGAACAAUUAUCUUAAAAGGCAACAGCUUGUACGGGUGGGAUCCAACCAUGUUUAACAAACUUUUCAAUUUAAGAGCCCUGUAUUUAUCAGGGAACAGUGUUGCCGUUGUUAACAGGACUUCUCUUGCGUUUAUCGGCAAAAUUAAUCUCAAAUUUAUUGAUUUAUCAGACAAUCCGUUUGCAUGUUCCUGCCAACAGCUUUGGUUCCGUGACUGGUUAAAAACAGUCAAAAAUAUUACAGUUGCCUUUUAUCCGAACAGAUAUGUCUGUAGAUCUCCCCCUAAAUGGGACAAGACUUUGGUAGCUUCAUUCAAUUACACCGAAGAAGAUUGUCGGGAGAAAAAUCCCUGGAUUUUGAUAGGAAGUGUUCUAGGAUCGGUGGUUUUUGUGUGCAUGGUUGUCGUCAUCAUCAUAUACAGACAUCUUCCGACCGUCAGAAAUAUCAUCUACUUGAUUCGUUUACGCAGGAAAGGCUACGUGAGACUGGUGAACUCCGAGGAGUACAUGUUUGACUGUUAUGUCGUUAGCUGUGAAACUGAUGAACAAUGGGUGUUCCAAACUCUGUCUUCUACUUUAGAGGUUAAACAUUCUUAUCGUUUGUGUAUACCUACAAGAGAUUUUGACAUCGGUGCAAGUAUAUCUGAUCAGAUUGAAGAAAAAAUGAGGGAAAGUAAGAAAAUCAUCAUUGUGAUGUCAAACGAUUUUGCUCAUGACGAAUGGUGUCAGUUUCAGCUAGAGAAAGCACAGGAGAGGAUCCGAAACCAAGGAAAAGAAGCUGUUGUGUCAAUCAUGCUGCACGAUAUUGAUCAUAAACAUAUGACAUCAACCAUCAAGAAUUUGUUACGUAAAAGUUCGUAUGCUACUUGGGUGAAAGGUAAAAUUGUCAGUAAGCUGUUCUGGGACAUUGUUGUUGCUGCUAUAGAAAAACCUUUUGGUAAUCCACCAAUUGCUGUUUGACGAAAGUCGGUGCCGAUCACCGGGUCUCCAUUCAACACAGAAGAGACUUACUGAAAUUGUCACUUACACUUAUUUGUUAUGAAAUAUUUUAUUACAAAAAGGACAAUGGAACAUUCUCAGUAUUAACUGUAGCAGUAUUGUUGUGAAAAUGAAAUUCAUUUUUGUAGAGUAUCUUAUUGCAUAAUAAUUAAUUCAUGAGUACUCUGAAAAAUAAAAAAAAAUAACCAAAACAUA